UGGUAGUAUGUAUGACGCUACCUGAAUUACCUACCUGAGCCGUCUUCAUCUUCACUCCAGCAAGCACGUAAACGUUGCCGCCCCAUAGAUCCAGUUACUUCUUUCUAUCCGCGAACGAUACCGGUCCGAUUUACGCCCAGAAACGCCUCCAGCCUCGCUCCCCAUCGCCGGCUUGGUUGGCCUCUACCGUCUGCUACAUCAUCCCGAAACUCGAUACCUACUCUAUGCGAAUCUUAACAUGGCUACGACUACCGCCGUAUUGACGACGGCACGGAAGAAGGAUGCCAAUAUCCCGCCCGAGAACGAACGGUUCCUGCGAUGUUGUGCCGAUAUUGCCAACGCCCUUAUCGAGGACCAUGAAGCCUCGAAGGACCCCAAAACGCCUCGUCGGGACGUUAAUCUCAACAGCCUACGUUCCAAGUUCUCGAGGAAGCAUAAGAUCGCCAGCAUGCCCCCGCUGACUGCCAUCAUCGCUGCCGUCCCGGAACAAUACAAGAAGUACAUCAUGCCCAAGCUGGUCGCGAAGCCUAUCCGCACUUCCUCCGGUAUUGCCGUUGUCGCGGUUAUGUGCAAGCCCCAUCGUUGCCCUCACAUCGCCUAUACCGGAAACAUCUGCGUCUACUGCCCGGGAGGCCCUGACUCCGAUUUUGAAUACAGCACACAAUCCUAUACCGGUUACGAGCCAACGUCGAUGCGCGCCAUCCGUGCCCGCUACGAUCCUUUCGAACAAGCUCGCGGCCGUGUCGACCAGCUUAAGUCUCUCGGGCAUUCGGUCGACAAGGUUGAAUACAUAAUUAUGGGCGGCACGUUCAUGUCGUUGCCUGUACCAUACCGGGAGGAAUUCAUCUCCCAACUCCACAAUGCGCUAAGCGGUUACCAGACGAAAAACGUCGAUGAAGCGGUUGAGGCAGGAGAGAUGAGCAACGUGAAAUGCGUGGGAAUUACUAUUGAGACCCGUCCUGAUUACUGUCUGCAACCACACUUGACAGAUAUGCUCCGUUACGGAUGUACGCGACUAGAAGUCGGAGUCCAGUCUUUGUACGAGGACGUUGCGCGAGAUACGAACCGGGGACAUACGGUGGCUGCAGUUGCAGAAACAUUUUGCCUCGCGAAGGAUGCCGGGUUCAAAGUUGUUUCUCACAUGAUGCCUGACCUGCCCAAUGUAGGCAUGGAGAGGGAUCUAGAUCAAUUUAGGGAAUACUUCGAGAACCCGGCAUUUCGAACAGACGGGCUUAAAAUCUACCCCACGCUAGUGAUCCGUGGCACAGGCCUGUACGAGCUGUGGCGGACCGGCCGGUAUCAGAACUAUACCCCAAACACGCUCAUUGAUGUGGUCGCAAGGAUACUGGCACUCGUACCGCCAUGGACGAGAAUAUAUCGAGUCCAAAGAGACAUCCCCAUGCCUCUAGUAACAUCAGGUGUCGAGAACGGGAACCUGAGGGAGCUGGCCCUUGCUCGAAUGAAAGAUUUCGGCACGGCUUGCCGCGACGUAAGGACGCGUGAAGUCGGUAUCAACGAAGUGAAGCACAAAAUUCGACCAAAUCAGAUAGAGUUGGUUCGUAGGGACUACACGGCUAACGGUGGAUGGGAGACUUUCCUAGCUUACGAAGACCCCAAGCUGGAUAUCCUGGUCGCGCUGCUUCGGCUGCGCAGGUGUACAAAGAAAUACACCUACCGCGAAGAACUGACUGGGCAGAAAACCAGUCUAGUCAGAGAGCUACACGUCUAUGGGACUGCUGUGCCAGUCCAUGCCCGGGACCCUAAGAAGUUCCAGCACCAAGGCUUUGGUACUCUUCUCAUGGAAGAAGCGGAGCGUAUCGCGCGUGAGGAACACGGAAGCGACAAGAUCAGCGUCAUAAGUGGUGUGGGGGUGCGAAGUUAUUACAGGAAACUCGGGUAUUGGUUAGACGGACCGUAUAUGAGCAAAUGGCUCGACGGCCAACCCCAAAAGCAACCUUGAGUGCGAUGAGCACCCGCUUCCACUCCAACAUCACUCGAGUCCAUUGGACUCGCAAUUGGUCUGACAAUGUACCUCUAUUACCAAGAUGCAUGAAUUGUAUAGCUACUCGUCCAAGGACCAACCCCAACCGGCAAGCCAUGACGUGGGAUACCUAGCUUCCGCCAUACACA